AUGUUAGCCCAAGAGUUGUCACUUCUUGUAGACGAUACCGAUCCAAAUUAUUCUAGACAUCUAGCAACGGUCAUGUUCAAUGUCGCCACUGUUUAUUGGCUUCGUGGUGAUCAUGAGAAAGCGCACGAGUGGUUCGUAGAAAUUAAAGAGUUAUAUCCUGGCGCAUUCACUGACCGACCAGAGGAAGCUUUUCUUUGGAGCAACCUGGCCGCUGUAGACAUGGAACGUGGAGCAUUGGAUACCGCACUCACAAAAUGUCGGGCUGCGCUUGCCAUUCUCAAAGACACGAUGCCUUCAAAUCACCAGUCGUUCGCGUCUUUGUACCACAAUAUUGGCAUCAUUUUGUGUCAACAAGGCCAUUUGGAUUGUGCACUGGAACAUCUCCAUAUGGCUUUGAAAAUAUGGGAGCCCAUCGGUAACCGUGAAAAUCUCGUCAGUGUAUACCUUCAUUUGGGAUAUAUUCAAAUGCAACGUGGCGAACUUAAUGAGUGUGAGAUGUUUUAUGAGAAAGCCAUGGUCCUGCUCCCAGAGGAGAUUCCAUCAGGGAGAACAAGGUUGCUACUUGAUGUCGAUACCAAGGUUGGUGCCGUACUGACCAAGCAAGAAAAACUGAAUGUGGCGGCAGCCGUCUUCACCAACGCACGUGAAAUCUAUGGACAUACCAUGAUUCCUCACCUGGCUGCAGAAUGCUAUAGCAAGAUGAUGCUACUGUACAGUCGAAAGUAUCAAUUUGACAAAGCUAUGACGUAUGCCACUCGAGCACUCUCUUUGAGAAAACAAACGCUGGGUGACGAUCAUCCGUACACUGCCGUGGCUUACUGUCACUUGGCGGAGUUGUACCAUUUGAUGGGCGACGAUAGUCGUGCUUUGGAAUUUUUUACAAAAUGCAAAACAAGACUGCUGAAAAAGGCGUCAUCGACCUCACAGGAGGACAAAAACGCUUGUGCUUGUUUGUAUCAACUAAUGGGAACUUUCCACCUAAACAAGUUGGAAUUUGCACAGGCACAGGAAUAUUAUACGAAAGCACUUCAAAUUCGGGAGCCUCUCUUGUCCAAGAAACAUCCAGAAGUGACAGAGACGUAUUUGCUUCUCGGCAGACUGCAUGUUCGGGUUUGCGAAUACGACGCAGCACGUAAAUAUUUGGACAAAGCGCUAGAGAGCGGCUCUAUAGAAGCCCAUAUUGAUAUGGGCGAUAUGUAUUUGUUUCGGAAGCAGAACGAAGAAGCGCGAGAACACUACGCGAAAGCGCUUGAUUCCUAUAGGUCAAUCUACGGCGAGAAUCAUCAUUUAACCUGCGUUGCUUAUGAGAGAAUGGGGGCCGUGUAUGAAGCAUUGCAUGAGUAUGCACAGUCGGCAUCCAAUCUCAAAAAGAGUCUUCAAAUUCUGCUCAACAAGGUGCCUGAUGCUGUCGGCAAUAUAGCUAGCAUCAUGAUACAGCUUUCUAAUGUGGUCGCACUUCAUAAUGCGAGCUACGAAGAGGCCCUCGAUUACUGCAGGCGUGCAGUUGCCAUACUACCUGAAAAUCAUCCGCAGAUAAAGCCGAUUUGUCAGAAUAUGCUACAGUACUGUAAACUUCUGAUUGACGCAUAUGGCGGAGUGUCAAACUGGGCGAAGGCACUUGAGUUUUGCCGACAAGCGCAAAAAUUACAAACACAAUUCUUUCCUGACGAUGUCGAAUACAAUUGCGAGUUUGAGUUGAUUGCCCAAAAAAUAUGUGAGAAACUAGGGCAUACGAUUCGAAUGUCGAUUAACGAACAUGGCGCAAAAAUCGAAUUAUAA